CACACUUCGGUUGAUUAACGGUUGCCUCUCUCUCGCUCUCUCCCUUCCCCGCCAACCCAGAGAGCUUGAAGUGCGGUGUGCAGCGCAGCACCAUCCAAUGCCACCAAUAUCCGUACAAUUUACCGAUCCGUCCUUGCCUGUACCAUACGGAGACCUUCCAGUUGCCCAUCCCACCACUUGGCGCUUCCCGUUUCCACUUCUUGCAGUUCUGUGACCUGUCGCAUGCUGACUCUUGACUUGUCUUUGGUCCGCGCCCACCAAUUCCGAUUUCCCUUACAUCGUCAUUGCGAGUCGAGUCCCCUUCUCCGUUCAACUUCCUCCCCUCCAACCUUCUCUCUGAGACACGCAUCCAUACGGACACCUUGUGCUCCUAUCCUUCCCACUGGAACAUGUGUCUGCGGAAGCUGUAGCCUUGCCAUCUCUUUUCUUCCCUCUCCAUUUCUCUUCCCAGCCUUGGUACUGCCGCCUGUCAUCGUUCCCUCCGAGACAGAAACAUCCCAUCGCUUUACCGCGCCCUUGCGACGAUCCUCCGUUCCACGGCCUCAACCCCGCCUCCAGAAAAAAGCUCCCUCCUCAACACAACCCGCCGUUCCGAGGCGCGCCCCCCAAAGAAGCUUAACGCACGCCCAGUCCGAUUUCCUCAAUCUCUCUCAAGCUUCCGCGCGCCUGUCUCCUUUCACGCCCAUCUGCCGCCGUUUCCUAAUCAGCCACGCGCACCCACCACCGCCAGCAGCCAUGUCGGCUUUCCUGGGCUACAUAUACUCCUUCUUCAAGGGUUAUGCCGCCCUCGUCGUCGCCCUCUACAUGCUGUCCUACGUUGUUCCCAAGGCCGCCUUUGGCGCUCGUGUCCUCGCCUCCUACAUCUCGCUCGCCGUAGCGGCCGGCUGGGGCGUCUUUGCCUCCAUCUUCCUGAAGCUCAUCGGCGAGCAGGGCAUUGCGCAAUGGAUGACCGGCCGGUUCUUGUACUACAUCAUGGCCGUCACCACAGGCGUUACCUUUGAGGUCAUCGAUCCCAACCACAUUCUCGACAACACUCGCCCUGCCGUCUUUGUCGGCAACCACCAGACCGAACUCGACGUCUUGAUGCUGGGCACCAUGUUCCCCAAGUACUGCAGCGUCACUGCCAAAGCCUCGCUCAAGAAGACGCCCAUCCUCGGCUGGUUCAUGACCCUGAGCGGCUCCAUCUUCAUCGACCGCAAGAACACAAAGGAUGCCAAAGAUGCCAUGGCCGGCGCCGCUGAGCAGAUUCGCAAGAGGAAUCAGAGCGUGUACAUGUUCCCUGAGGGUACCCGUAGCUACGCCAAAGACCCUGUAUUGCUGCCCUUCAAGAAGGGCGCCUUCCACCUGGCCGUUCAGGCUGGUGUGCCCAUUGUACCCUGCGUUGUCGCCAACUACAGCCACGUCCUCUACCUCAAGGGCCUCAUCUUCAACUCUGGAAAGAUCCCCGUCAAGGUCUUGGACCCUAUUCCCACUACUGGCCUGACCGCUGCCGACGUCGACGAGCUCACCCGCAAGACCCGAGACCUGAUGUUGGAGGAGCUCGUCAGCCUGACCGAAAAGGCCCAGGGCAGGCCCAUGAAGGUCGCCCACGACGUUCCUUCCGCGAAGACGACCGGAACCGACGCCACGGAUACCGUCUCGGCUCUGUAAAGCCCCGAGGCUUUGAAUGGGUCAAGAACCUCGGUUCAAAAAGACACAAUGUUGGAAACCAUGCCAGAUCGGGGGCGGGCAUCUCCAAAUUAAACACAUACAACUCGUACAAAAGACAAGACGGGUCAGAUGGCAACAUCUCCAUCACAAGAGGCUUCCAAACAGCCAAGUUAACACGCUUACGGGUAGGGUAGUUAGAUUCAGGUGGGUGGGGGAGCACGUCUUGAUACCCUAUAGACCGAAAGUACUUGCAUUUCUCUCCUUGCUCGAUUGGCCUUUCACCGGGCCAUCACGGGUGUUUGGGAAUCUAGACGUUCGGCAUGACAUGUAGAUGAGAUACGGCGUGCAGGCAGCAUCUUGUUCAAAAAAUGAUAUUUUUCGUUCAAACUUAUGAUGUCUCGUGGGCGGACAACUGGAAGGAUUCUAGUCUGUUAGGUCA